AUCUGGCUCCUCUCAUCAGCACCACUCAGCGCAGUAGGAGCGAGUCGGAGUGAGGGAGGGAGGGAAACGACCGGAGAAGAGGAGACUGGCUCGGUCGGUACAGCUACAUCUACAACCGAGCAGAACCAAGAGAAGAGCGGAAGGACAUUCACACCUUCUCAUCCGCACACAACAGUAUCUCCAUCUCCUGUGUCCCUCCAUCUGUUAGUCCAGCUUUUCUCUCCCUCUCUCUCUCUCUGUCUCUCUCCCUCUCUCUCUCUCUGUCUCUCUCGCUCUCUCUCUCUCUUCCUUCCACUUAUCUCGGAUAUUAUGAGCUCCAGCUUGCUAGAAAACCCGGUGCAGGCGAUUCUGUACCUCCGGGAGCUCACCACGAUCGUGCAGAACCAGCAGAGUCUCAUCCAGACCCAGCGCGCACGGAUAGAGGAGCUGGACAGGCGGGUGGACGAGCUCAUCGGCGAGAACAGGCACCUGCGGGACGUCAGGGUGCAACAGCAGCUCCCUUACCUUCACCAUCAUUCCCAUCAUACUCUCCCGGACCCCAGCUGCCUUCACCAUCACCACCACCCGCAGGAUCCCCAGCUCAAGAGUACGACGGGGGCUCUGCCAGAGCAUGCGGCAACACCAGCGCAGGUUGAGGUGUCUCCGGGCGUCCAGCCCCCGCCUGCCCAACCUAUGGACCCGGGGGACAUGCAGUUGGUCCCAGCGGACCCCUCUACGAUUUCCCCCAUUGAGAGUGAGUCAGAAAACGGUGGAAGUUGCCCCAGUUGCAAAUCUUUGGUUCCGAUGACCCCAACAACUCUUUGUCGAUCUCUGACCCUGGCAAGGCAAUCCGAGAGUGAGACUGUGCUGCAUCAGUUUUGCUGCCCCGCCCCUGAACAUCCGGAGACCGAUACCUCGGGAUCAUCAAGCGGACAGAUCCUGAGCCUGGAGGAUGGGACGUCCUCUGGUGGAGGACAGGAAGUGAAGGGGCUGAAGAGGGAGGGACCCAGCGAGUAUGAGAUCAAUUUGGAGAACAAAAACAAACAGAUAGAGGAGCUGGAGCAGAAGUAUGGAGGCCAUCUGAUCGCAAGGCGGGCAGCGCGCCGCAUCCAGACGGCCUUCCGCCAGUACCAGCUCAGCAAGAACUUCCAGAAGAUCCGCAAUUCGCUGUCAGAGAGCAAGCUGCCUCGCCGCAUCUCCCUGCGCCAUCCCAGCCCUUCAUCCCGGAGCAGGAAUGCGGCCCAGAGACACAGCUACACUCUGCAUCCAGGAGGUGGACAGAUUCCCUUACGCUCAAAAACUCCUCCUCCACCUCCAUGUCGCUCCACAUCUCUUCCCCCGUCACCAGCGUCAGCCCCAGCAAAUGCCCCGUCAUCAGCUCCAAGUCAGGCUCCGUCUCAGACAUCUGGACCUACACUCACACAGCUGGAAGACUGCUUCUCCGAGCAGCUUCACUCCUUGGCUCAGUCCAUCGACGAUGCUCUUCGCGGUUGGAGCCUGUCAGAGGGAGGAGAGGGGAAGGGACUUCUGAUGGACCCCGGGGCCCUUCGUGCAGCUGCAGAAAGCGCCGGCCUGCCCCGCAGCGCCAGCUCCCUGCUUAUGGCUUUCAGGGAUGUAACUGUUCACAUAGACAGCAAUAGCUCCUACACCAUCUCAUCCGCGACCACCACGACCACCACCUCUCUGGGAAAUGCAAGCGGAGGAGAAUCAGGCAGCAGGAAGCCCUCUGUUAGUGGGACAGGCGGCGGAGGGGACGGGCAGUCGAUGGAGGAACCCGAGUUUCCCGCCCCUCCGCCCAGCGAGGAGCUGGAAAUGGUCGAUCCGGGAUCUAGGAGGGGGUCUGCGGCACCAGCUGCCGCAGGGGUUGGGAUGGAGGGGGAAAACAGCUCAGACAGACUGGGAUCCUCCACUUCCACCUCCACCUCCACGUCAAUCUCCACCUCAGUGCAGUCUAAUCAGCAACCUGCUCAAAUUUACACACAGUACCAGCAGUAUCACUACACUCAUCCCCAGCAGGUCCCCGGGGGUCCGAGUCCGGAUUCCCUGCAGGCCCUUGUCGUCUCUCUGCCAAGGGACCGCUGCCAGGAUCCAGCCUCCUGUCGCUCCCCAACCCUGUCCACCGACACGCAUCGCAAACGCCUCUACAGGAUCGGACUCAACCUGUUCAACGUGAACCCCGAGAGGGGCAUCCACUUCCUGAUCACGCGUGGUUUUGUCCCGGACACGGCUAUAGGCGUGGCACACUUCCUUCUGCAGAGGAAGGGCCUCAGUCGACAGAUGAUUGGAGAGUUCCUGGGCAACAGCAAGCUGCAGUUCAACAGGGACGUCCUCGACUGUGUGGUGGAUGAGAUGGAUUUCUCAGGGAUGGAACUUGACGAAGCUCUGAGAAAGUUUCAGGCUCACGUUCGAGUUCAAGGGGAAGCACAGAAGGUGGAGAGACUCAUCGAAGCCUUCAGGUAAGA